AUGGAUUCUCAGAGCUUCUCACAGCCCUCAUUGUCUCCCACCGAUUUCUUCAAUGGCUUGGAGUUGACCACCCCCGUACAGCCAGGUCCCCGGAGCUACAAGUCGCGCAAGUACCGGCCAUGCGACUUCUGCAGAGCACGCCAGGUUGCGUGUAAAAUCGAUGUCGCCCCGCCUUGCCAGCUGUGUUCGUCCCAUGGCCGACAAUGUACCUUCGUGGAACGGCCAAAGAAGAAGAGACGGCCGAAUGCCUCGAACAGCAAUGGGGAAGCAGAGGUGUCGUCUGGAGCCUCAGGCUCUAUUAAACAACAACAGUACGAUGUCUCUGCGACCCAGUUAAGCCCGGGCUUCAUUGUACAGUACAGCAGCGAGCAGUCCUUCAAUGGCAUGAAUGAGCAUGAUGGAUUAGACGAUUCCCCAACCCAGAUACAGCCGCUUGGUCCCAACCAGGAUGCCGAACCGAUAUACAACAUGGACCCCUAUCUGCACAUGAUGCCAACUGGAGUACGGAUUAGACCCUUGGACUCGCAGUCCACUAAAUGUGCUCGGUUUAUCGGAGAGACUGGAGAGUCAAAUCCCUACCUACUACGGCAUUACCGCUAUGAUGAGAACGAUGAGUGUACCAUCUCCAAGUUGACAUAUCGACGAAUUAAGACUUCCUCGAGUCAGAACGCCAUGCCCGGGGAGAGAGGAGAGCCACCGGUUGUGUUCAUGCUCGCAGAUGACAGUUUGGCCCAGAAAGGAGAGCCUAGAGUUGAAGACGACGUUCUGGCUAAAGCCCGGUCAGACGUUGCAAACAUGUUCACGGAGCAAGAAGCUUUGAGAUUGAUUGGUCUUUUCUUUCGAUUUGUAUAUCCGUAUUUUCCUAUUCUCUCUAAAAGCGAAUUCUUCUCUACCGGAUCUCUCUCUCCGUCUCUUGUCCACACAUUGCCGCUCUCCUUGCUAUCGGCCAUGUAUGCCACAGCGUUACCAUUUAUGCUAUAUGACGAUCUCCUUGCUACGACCCUCGUCCAUUCACCACCUCCAGCACACCAACUCUUUCGUAUAUCUUGGCUUGCAGUAACCCAAGAACUUCACACUCCUCGUCUAGCAACUCUUCAGGCGUGUCUCCUCCUCUUGCAAAGGGCACCUACCAACCGCUACACCACCGACACACCUUGGAAAACUAGUCUUGUAGGUUGGACAGUGAGCAUAGCUCAAAUUCUUGGCCUAUCUCACGAAUGUGGUGAUUGGAGCAGCAUCCCCACCUGGGAGAUGUCUCUUCGAAAACGUCUGUGGUUCGGCGUCUUCAUUAUGGACAAGUGGGCAUCCCUUGGUGCCGGGAUGCCCAGUCACAUCCGGAAUGAGGACUGGGAUGUUCUCCCACUCACUGAGAACGACCUUGAACUACCAUUACCGUCUCUCGACCAGAACUCCAACGGCAUCCCGGGCUUCCUAGAUGCCGAAACGGAUAGCCAUCAUUUCCGCCUCCUGGCUGAACUCACGAUGAUAUUGAGCGAUAUCAUGGAUUCCUACUACUCGCUGCGAGCCACUCGGCAGACGUCGAGGGAUUUUACACUCUCUUUGGAUCUGGCGCGGCCUCUGCGAUCACGAUUAAAAGCGUGGAACGACUCGUUACCACCGGCAUUCGCUCUCCGACAGCCGGAACGUGUGGAUUCAAGAGGCAUGGCUUGUCUGAGCGGGAAUCCAUCUCUCUCAUUAGCCUACAUUGUCGCGACCAUGACCUUAUUCCGGGCUCUCUUACGACCACUAGAGAACCUCACCAGUGUAGUAGAAGAAGACCACGGUAUCGUGGGCAGCGGCCAGGCCGUGCGAGCAGGAGCCAAAGAAUGCGCCAAAGAAGUCGUUGAAUUCGUAGAGAAUCUCGGCCGAGGCGCGUUGGAUGCCUUCUGGCAUUCUUGGUCACGGGCGAACUUCGCUAUAGCCUCAUCCUUCCUUAUGCAGCUGUUAUUGACCUCAGAGAGCGAGGCGGAGUCUAAUGAGAUUAAUGAUUUGGUAGGGCGCUGGAGAUGGGCCAUGCGCAUUGGGAGCGGGAGUACUGGGAAUGGGCUUAUGAGUUUGGGACUUCUUAGACUGGAUGGUCUUUUAUUAGAAAAUGGCACGGUUCAGCCUAAUCAAUAA